GAUUCAUUCCAUGGAAAUUUUCAGGAUGAUUCGUUCAAUUAUUUCACAGUCCUGGCUUCAGUAUCUUUUCUUAUAUAUAAAAGUGUACGUCCGCAGUCGUCAUGAAAAAAUAUAAUACUAAUCGGUCAUUACUCAUAUAUACAAAUGGCAACCUCCUCCCUUUCCAUUUCCAGCUUACAGAUAGUAGCAUGGACUAUUUGGAUCUUUCUAUGCGGAAAGUGUUUGGAUAAUGCACAUCAUCACCUUGUUGUUGCUGCGUCUGGGUCAAUAUCUGCCCUUCAACUUAAACAAGCCAAGGCUUUGCACGAGACUGAGUGGUGGUUCAAUAGUACCAGUAAUUCAAGUGCUUGCCACUGGGAAGGUAUUACUUGCAAUGCCGGUGGAAGCGUCACAAGCAUCGAUAGAUCUGAUCAAGGUUUGGGAGGUCAGUUGAAACUCAACUUCUCUUUUUUCCCAAAUUUAGUCAGUCUUAAUCUUGGUUACAACUCCCUUUAUGGGCCCAUUCCAUCUGAAAUAGGGAUGCUAAAAAAUCUAAUCGAUUUAGACCUUCAUUUGAACGUGCUCGUCGGUCCAAUCCCUUCCACAAUUGGUCUUUUAACUAAUUUGGAAUCUUUGAGCCUUGAUGGCAAUCAAAUCAAUGGAUCCAUUCCCCCUGAAAUAGGGAUGCUAAAAAAUCUGACCCGUUUAGGCCUUUUUUCGAACAUGCUCGUCGGUCCAAUCCCUUCCACAAUUGGUCGUUUAACUAAUUUGGAAUAUUUGAGCCUUAGUGACAAUCAAAUCAAUGGAUCCAUUCCCCCCGAAAUAGGGAAGCUAAAAAAUAUGACCGAUUUAGUCCUUUAUUCGAACAUGCUCGUCGGUCCAAUCCCUUCCACAAUUGGUCGUUUAACUAAUUUGAAAUAUUUGAACCUUGGUGACAAUCAAAUCAAUGGAUCCAUUCCAUCCGAAAUAGGGAAGCUAAAAAAUCUGAUCGGUUUAUACAUUCGUUCGAACGUGCUCGUCGGUCCAAUCCCUUUCAUCUGGGAUAAUUUAACUUAUUUAAAAUAUUUAGACCUUAGUGUAAACUACUUAACUGGAAGCAUUCCCUAUCAUGAGGGUAACCUUUAUCAGGUGGAAUAUCUUAACCUUAGUCAUAACUUUAUUAGAGGGGAAAUACCCGUUGCACUUGGGAGUGUUUUGGUAUCUCGUCUCUGGAGUUUGGAUCUUAGCUACAAUAAUCUUACGGGCCAUAUCUCACCUUCUCUCAUUCAUAUAAAAGAAAUUGACUUGUCACACAAUUUUUUGAAGGGCCGAAUUCCAGACGGUUUUAAUCAGCAUCAUAAAUCCCACACAGUAAUUGGCAAUAGGGGUUUAUGCGGUCAGUUUGAGAUUUUCCCUCCAUGUCCCAAAAGCAAAAAAUCACCAGGUUCCCAUCAUAAAACCAAAAUAGAAAUUGUUGUUCCCAUCACCACGUUCAUUGGAUUCCUAGUUAUUGGGAGUAUUCUCUUCUUUCGUUGUGUGUUCAAAGAAAAGCAAUUUGAGUUAAGAGAAUCUAAGAAUGGAAACUUAUUCUCGAUAUGGAACUAUGAUGGACAUAUUGCAUAUGAAGACAUUAUUGAAGCAACCGAGGAUUUUGACAUCAGAUAUUGCAUUGGAACUGGUGGUUAUGGUAGCGUUUUCAAAGCAGAAUUACCAAGCGGAAAUGUGGUUGCCUUAAAGAAACUUCAUCAGAGAGAGGCUGAGAAUCCAGUUUUCCAUAGGAGUUUUAUGAAUGAGGUGAGGGUGUUAACAGAGAUUCGACAUCGAAAUAUUGUGAAGCUGCAUGGGUUCUGUGUACAUAAAAGAUGCAAAUUUUUAAUUUACGAGUACAUGGAAAGGGGAAGCCUAUUUUGUGUCCUAAGAAAUGUUGAUGAAGCUAUGCAACUAGAUUGGAGCAAGAGGAUAAACAUCAUAAAAGGCACAGCACAUGCCUUAUCUUACAUGCAUCAUGAUUGCAUCCCAUCGAUUGUUCAUAGAGAUAUAUCAUCCAACAACAUUUUGCUGAACUCCGAAUUCCGAGCUUUUAUCUCUGACUUUGGAACUGCUAAACUCCUUGAUCCUGACUCCUCCAAUCAAACAUUGGUUGCUGGCACUUAUGGUUAUAUUGCCCCAGAGUUUGCCUACACGAUGACAGUCACUGAAAAAUGCGAUGUAUAUAGCUUUGGAGUGGUGGCACUAGAAGUAUUAAUGGGAAGGCAUCCGGGAGAACUCCUGUCCUCGUUAUCAUCAUCAUCAUCAUCAUCAUCUCAAAAUAUGAUGUUAAAUGAAAUAUUAGACCAACGCUUGCCACCUCCAAAUUAUCUAAUUGGACGUGAUGUUUUGCUUGUUGCUACAAUAGCAUUUGCAUGCCUUCACACUCAACCAAAGUCUCGGCCUACAAUGAAAUGUGUAUCACAAGAAUUUCUCUCUUGCAAGAAGCCGAAUGUCAUACCCUUGACUACGGUUUCACUCCUGCAACUGAGGAAACAAGCAACGUAUAUGGCUGGAUCAGGAUUUGCUUAUUGUUAGGGUGUUUUGUGUGCUGUCAAUGUGUCGUUUACAUUUCUCUAUCUUUUUCAAGAAAAAUGUUAUUUGUAAGCAUUCCAAAUCACUCCAUUAACUUGAAGUACUCACUGUUCAAGGUUGGAAGUAGCUAAAACAAAAUAGACCGUUGUGUUUGUAUGAGAUAAGUGUGCAAAUAGAAAGUAGAAGUGAAUUAA